AUGCAUUCGACACCAAGUACCUAUGAUUUUAUCGUCGUCGGAGGUGGUCCCGCUGGAUGUGCGCUUGCUGCAUCAUUGGCUCAUUCAGCUAGAAGGCCACGUGUCUUGCUCUUGGAAGCCGGCGGACGCAACGAUGACCGACUAUCGUGGGUGUAUGGAAAGCGUUGGACGACAUUUAUGCAGGGGCAUAUGAACUGGGGAUACAAAACCACUCCCCAGGAACACUGCAAUGGUCGCCAGAUUGACUAUUCCCGCGGGAAAGGCCUUGGGGGAAGCUCUGCCAUAAACUUUGGAGUGUUUACUGUCGGGGCCCGCGACGAUUAUGAUCAGUGGGCAACACAAGUCGAAGACAACACUUUUGGCUGGGAAAAGAUGCAAGAGCGAUUGAAAGCCCUCGAGAAUUUUGAUCCAACGAUCCAGGUUCCAGAGCACAGAAAAUAUGCAAGCAUCAAUUCCUCUGAUCAUGGCGAUAAGGGGUUGCUGCAUCUUAGCUUCGCGAAUGAGUGGGAGAAGGACCUCUCGCCGAGAACGACUGCGAGUGAUCUGCUGUCGGGUGCUCCAGAGAAUCUCAUCGUCGUCACCGACAGUCCAGUGCAACGGGUUGUCAUGAAGGGGAAGAGGGCCAUAGGGGUGGAAGUAAAUGGACAGCAGUAUCUGGCCACACGAGAAGUGGUCCUCUCGGCUGGGACUCUCGACACUCCCAAAAUCCUGAUGCACACGGGCAUUGGGCCCGCCAAAGAACUGCAAGGAUUUGACAUCCCCGUAGUCCACGACCUGUCAGCUGUUGGACAGGGUCUGCGAGACCACUACCUGGCAUUCGUGAUCUUGCAGCGAAACCCCGAGACGAAUGAACGCAAUGCACUCUUCCAAGAUCCGGCAGCUAUGGACGCAGCAAAGAAACUGUGGGAAGAAACCGGCACAGGCCCCUGGGCCCAAUAUGGCUGCCAAACUGCUAGCGGAUGGUUCAAAUCUGAUAAAGUGACUUCGUCGGCUGAGUUCAAGGCAUUGCCGGAAUCCGUCCAAAACUUCAUGAACAAGGAGACGGUGCCCCAGUAUGAGAUCAUAAGCCAUUUCCCAGUCCAUUUGUUGUCGCCAGACCCCUUCCCAGAUUAUAGCUACCUUUGUCUUCCCGUGUUCAUGAUGAACGCCCAAUCGCGCGGCGAGGUACGAUUGCAAUCGUCUAACCCUAACGACCCUCUGCUCUUUGAUCCCCGAUUCCUCAGUCACCCAUUCGAUCGUCGCGCGAGCAUCGAGAUCUUUCGGUAUCUAUUGGAGUUGACGAGACACCCGGCAAUUGCCAAAGACACGGUCUCAACUCUGUUUGGUCCGUCCUCGGACUCCGACGAGGAUAUCCUGGAGUUUUGGAGAAACAACCUCUCUUCCAGCUGGCAUAUGACGGGAACUGUCAAAAUGGGCCAGCCAGAUGAGAUCGACACCGCUGUUGACCAUCGGUUCCGAGUCUUGGGAAUCGAGAACUUGAGAGUAGCCGACAUGAGUGUCGUUCCAGUCUUGACCAACAAUCAUACCCAGGCCACGGCAUAUCUCACCGGGGCGACCUGUGCGGAGGUAUUGAUUCGAGAAUACGAUCUGGACGGGAGUAGCUGA